CAACAGCUUCACUUCAGGUCAAAGUUCCACAUCCGUAAGUCAUUCAUUUAUUGUCUAUUUCUUAUUUCACUUAUAUCUGUUCAUCUUGCGCCCGAGGGCCGUCAUACCCAGCAAUUUUCGUUCUGUUUGGCUUCUAGUCCCGUAUUUUCGUCGAUUGAGCAAAGAUGCCACGUGCAUAUGGGCCUAAAAAGGGCAAGAAUCGUUUCACGCCUUUGAAACCACUUCUCAAGGAUGCUAUAAUUGAUGUAAGUUAUUUUAUAUCUAUCUAUGCUUGUAUCUCAUGUUUUUCCAGCCAAGUCUCCCAAAAUCCGUGACUGUUCUUAGUCAGGAUGCGUCUGCUUCGGUCCAAGUCAUGUCGGAAAAAAGCAUAUUCGAAGAUGAUGAUCUCCAAUCCAACAAUGAGGACCCUAAUGAUACCCUCAUCGAAGAUACCGGGUUUGUCUCGAGAUAUGAACUUCGGAGCUGUGCCCAAACGAUUGACAGCUCGUCCCAAAAACCAAGGACGACAAAAAAGAUGCGUGCUGCUGCAGCAAAAGAAGCCAACGCCACCAACUUUGAAUGUGAGGGCAGAAGAUCUGCUGGAGAUGUCCAUCCUGGGAAGCUCGAUCGGGUAAUUGCGAAGGAGAUUGAUCACUAUAAGCUUCCAAACGCCGAAGAUAUCGAAGGAUAUUGGAAGGAGCGAACAGACAUGAUCAACAGGGAGGCAAGAUUCGUUUUCUUGUUGCAUUUUUGACACGACCUUCCUGGGCUGAAGGAAGAUGUCCUGGACAAAGUGCUCCCAAAUGUGCCACCAUAUGCGAGGGCAUACGAAAGCCUCCGGCAGCUCAUGAUGGACAAGAUGAAGGGAUGGCGUUCUAGGACGAAAGAACAACUCAAGGCAAGUGAUAAUUGAGGCAAUUCGGGCUGGCAUUUGCAUGGACGAUGGCUAUAUUAUUGAAG